CUGGGAGCUCCGCGGUUUGUGCAGCCGAGCUCGCCCUGUGACAGCAGCACUCUGGCGCAGACUCCUUCGCCACAUUUCUCCUGCUUUCUUCCCCGUCACCACUGCAUCAUCCCGCGUGGACGGACGUCGGCGUGGCCUCGUCGAGAAUGGGGAACCGGGACGAUGAGUACGAUUUCUUGUUCAAAGUUGUGUUAAUCGGGGACUCGGGGGUCGGCAAGAGCAACCUGCUCUCUCGAUUCACACGGAACGAAUUCAACCUGGAGAGCAAAAGCACCAUCGGCGUGGAGUUUGCCACGCGCAGCAUCCAGGUGGACGGCAAGACGAUAAAGGCCCAGAUCUGGGACACAGCGGGACAGGAACGCUACCGAGCCAUCACCUCGGCUUACUACAGGGGAGCAGUGGGGGCGCUCCUGGUCUACGACAUCGCCAAGCACCUGACCUACGAGAACGUGGAGCGCUGGCUGAAGGAGCUGAGGGACCACGCUGACAACAACAUCGUCAUCAUGCUGGUGGGCAACAAAAGCGACCUGCGCCACCUCAGGGCCGUGCCCACGGACGAGGCCCGCGCCUUCGCAGAGAAGAACAACUUGUCAUUCAUAGAAACUUCCGCCUUGGACUCCACAAACGUUGAAGAGGCCUUCAAGAACAUCCUCACAGAAAUCUACCGCAUCGUGUCGCAGAAACAGAUCGCGGAGCGAUCGGCUCACGACGAGUCCCCGGGGAACAACGUGGUGGACAUCAGCGUACCCCCCACCACGGACGGCCAGAGGGGGGGCAAGCUGCAGUGCUGCCAGAACCUGUAGCCCCAUGACCACUGUGCGAGCGGGUUCGGAAUUGGGAGUCCAGUGCUGGUACACGUCUGGCUACUUAGUCUGAAUCCACACCCUUUUUGUUUUUAGGUUGUGUGAUGCCACAGAAGGAAUUGAUUCCAAGUAGUAAUCUGACCCAGUUUCAGCCCACAAGUGAGUGCAAAAACACGAGUACCUGACUCAGCAAGGAUGGUGUCGUAAAGUCGCCGGUCCAGUGGCACCAGCACUCCUGUUCUUGGACUCCACUUCCUGUUCAGUCAUCUCAACGAGUGGUAGUAAUGCUGCUGAUGCUUAUUUCCUGUAAAAUAUAUUCCUUUUUUCUUUGUUUUGGUUAUUGUUUUGAUAGCGUGUCUGCACACAUACAUUAUAUUAAUGCCAUGAAAAUAAAUUUUACAGUAUUAUGA